AAGCUUUCCGAACGAAAAGUUGUGCUAAGAAAACGUUUCUUUGGAAAACGGUUUCACCAUAUAAAAUCAGAAUUGGUCUGUUCUUCCCAAAAACUUAAUUACGGCGUCGUCCUAUUAAUAAGAAAAGAAAUUUUGAAAUCAAAAUUAAUGUAAAUGAAAUAUUAAUUCAACUUAUCGAUUUUUCGAUAUCCUUUUUUUCCUGGUAAAGACAAUGGAAAGUUUGAAUUGAAUGUGCAGUAUUGUGUUGAUAAAUAAUUGGUUUUUAGUUAACAUACCAUACAGUCGAUAAAGGAACUGAAGCAGAACCGAAAAAAUAUGUUUGUUUAACGGUGUGUAAUUUACUGUUUAUUCAAAGUGCUUGAGGAAUAUAAUUCCGAGUUUAUUUGUGUCGAUUUAUAGUUUGCAUUAAGGGAAGAAAUAUCUAAAAAUAAUCCAUCGAGGGUUUAACGGAAUAGAAUUAUUUGAAGUUUACUGAGGCUUACCUAAAUCGUAAGACUGUGCGGUUAAUGAAGGGAUUCUGAGUUAACGGAAAGGCAUUGCGUAGACAAACUCCAUCGAGUGUAAAAACAUUAUACAAUUGCAACAUAAGCUCAAGUCCCCGGAUGGAUAUCAUAGUAAAUAAAACAGAUGGUGACCAUCAAUGGACCAUAAUAUUCACUGUUCUACGCGGGAACAUUGCCCAUUAGAGCAUGCAUCAUCGGCGUUUCAAUCAUUCGAUACGGUACGAGCGUUACAUCAAAGUGUGUUAUGCUUACGUGCAGCAUUAGAAAAUGCGCAUAAAGAAAUUGAUACUUUGAAGAAACAAAUAUCUGUACAAACCGACGUGAAAGAAGGGAAAAUAUUCCGUGAAACGCUAGGCGUACAAACUGAGAAUACAGAAGGAAAGGAAAAUUUAACUAAUAUUAAAAAAGCCGAUGUGAACACCAUACCUGAGCGAAAAACAGAGGUAGAAACGCAGAAGACUGACGAAGUAAUUGUAGAAGACGAACAGAAAACCGAAGACACCAAACCAGAUCACUCGUUAAGGGCUAAAAGAAGGACUCGCAGAGAUUAUCAUAAAAGCGAAAAACGUACGGAGCAAUAUGAUUUCUCUAAGUCGACUUUCGUUCCUGACAUAAGGAUUGUUACAAAUCCAUCUGCUUCCAAUAAAAGUCGCAAGCAAAUGGCUUCAAAAAUCGACGUAAAAAUUAAAUUAUCUUCGAAUGUGAACGUAGACAGUACCAGUUCAGGAACUGCCGAAGAUAGUAACUCCAACUCAGGAAGCGAUUCAGCACCUGAUUCCGAACUUCCUGACGAACAACCAGAGAACCUAGAGUCACUGAAUAUUACUGAACAAACAACGAACGUCUCCACAAACACUCCAGCCCACGAUAUUGAAGUAAUUGCUCCAGAGGAAGAAGCUAGUAAACCGAACUGUGAGGAAACCUUAGAAAAUCAAACCAAACAAUCAGAAGACAUAUCUACGGAAGAGCAAGUUAGAAACUCAACUGUCAUUGCCAGAAGUCUUAGACAUAGCACGACAUCGUCAGAAGCGAACGAAGAGGUUGACGACAUUGAAUUGAUCUUUUCUUCGGACGAUAAGGAACAUCUUCAAGAAGAUUUAGUUUCAAUAUCAGACUUCGAACCUUGGGAAAAAGCUGGUUCGACAGGUACACCGAUCCUAGUCAAUUUCAACGCGUUGUCGUCCAGUGAAGAACUGAAUAAUAAAUCGAAGAACAAGAAAUCAGUUGGGAUGAGUAUGGAAACGGAUGAGGAAGGCCUAGAAAACCAGUCCGAUAUGAAAAGAGAUGAGAGCGUCGACGCAUUUGAACAGGUCGAAAACACUGCAGUCACAACUGGACUGGGCAGGAGAUGGACGAAUCACAAUGUUUUAAUUGAAACAGACAUUUCAAAGUGUGGCAUAGCUGAGGACACUGUAAUAGACAUGGGUCGACGAAAUACAUGUCCAAAUCCACCAUCAUACCGUCCUCUCAUGCAUCGUGAAACAUUGGCUCAAGCACAGGCUCAAAGUAGACAUUCGUCAACUAGAUGUCCUUUGGCUGUAAAAUUUUCUCGCAACAGUCGUACCCACUACCAUCACAGCAACCGAUCUGCCCGGCCAAUAUUGCAAGAGAGCAAUAAAUGCGAACCGAAGCGAAGCAGUUCAGCUCAAACAGAAAUAUCGGCGUUGCCCGAACACUGGCAAUCCGAAAGUAAUUUGAUUUCUGGUCGAUAUGGUGAUGGAUUCUACACGUUGCCAUCGAAAUUCGUACCACCGCCAAGUAUGGGAAAGAACCGGCGACCAUCACAAAUGACUGACAAGACACAAGAUGCGAGGCGUGUAAUGCUAAGCGACAUUAACUUCACCAGCAUGGUACCUGAACUAUCUCGAUCAGCCGAUCAUUUAUGUCAAGACGAUGAAUAUAAUGGAAAUGGAAACGAAUCGUCGUACUACAAAGGGAAUCAUCUGCAAACUCCAGACUACAGCAAAGGCAUCACUCCAAGUGCUAGCAUGACAUCACCGGGAGUAUCGCAAUGGACAGUCAAUGAAAAUAGUUUUGGCACACAGACAACACAAACCGAUAAUUUUUGGAACAAUUGCGAUUCGUUUGAUUCCAGCAAGAGCUACACGAUGGGAUCAAGAUUCUCGACGAUUCUGAAUAAGUCCCAUCGGUCUCGAAGUGUUCCAUCAAUUCAGUGUUCGAUCUGCAAACAGAACCAUGGACGGAUUCGCGCAUCGGAGAGUAUGCACUACACUCCGAGAGUCACAUUCAGGGAACCGACUAGCACCAAUUCAGUUCGUGGUUCGUUGCCUGACCUUCGCAACGAAUGUACGUGUAUGCAUCGAAGAACAUGUGGCCGUCCAUCAUUGCUACGAUUGCAUACAUAUUCCAGUGGUUCAACCGAAAGUCUUCUAGAUGAGGCCGACGAUUAUUUAAACAAAUCCGUUGACGGCAUGUCGAAUUUCAAGGAGGACCGGAAAACGAGUGAAGUCAACCGAAGACGGUCUGAGAACGACAUAAAAAGAGACUACAGUCCAUCGAAACAAUCACUACCAUUUUUGCCAAAAUCUCCAAAAUGUCUGAAAUUAGGGCAUUUGGCCAAAGUCAUUACAAAAUCGGGUCGGGUUGUGAUAGGUAGAGUUCGUUACAUUGGACCGUUGGCGUCUACUCAAUUCGGUGAGGAUGAAUGUUUUGUAGGACUGCAACUGCCCAACAGUUUGGGUGACUGUGAUGGGACGAUCGAGGGACGAAAAUUCUUUGACUGUGAACCCCAACAUGGCAUUUUCGUUCCGUUUCACAAAAUUGUUAUGGCCUGGACUGCAUAAAACAAUAGUCUGCAUGGAAGUCAUAGACAUGGAACUGAAAACAUUUCUGUGCAAAAUUGGAGUGAUGUAGCGGCAAAUGAAUUGAAUGAAGCGAAAAAUUCCAUCCUGAUAAUGGACGAGACCCUAUUUGGUUUACUUUAUGUUUGGUGACCCAUUUCUUUUUCUAUUUAAUUUACUUUAAGUAGCAAAUUUCGUGAUGCAAUGAGUAGAACUUGUCGACUGUUCGUGGCUAAUAAACUGAGAGCUUACAAUGAUGGAAAAUGGUACAGUCAAAGGCAGUCAAUUUUCAGCAUAAAUUAGCUUCAGCUGUUUUUCAGCUGAUCCAUACAAACAAU